GCCGCUCAUAUACAGACCCUUCAGGCCCUACGAGCCGGACCUCGCGCACGACGCGGACACGGAGCGCGCCAGACCAAAACCAGUCGAAACUAUUACCCCUGAACAAGAAGAAAGAAACCCCGCACCCCAGGAGUCCGUACCUCCAAUCAAACCACCUGAUUCAUUUAAACAACAAGAAGAAUCAAGAUUCCUAGACAACCCACCAUUCCUACCUCCUAAGCCAAUCCCACAUUCCCCAAAAAUUUCCCCAUCAUCAAUACCCAAUCCAAAUCCAAGCGUAACAACUACAAAACAAGUUGAACCUGGUUAUCCAAAUUACGGUGGUUAUAUUUAUUCUAUACCCGGAUAUUCAGCGUUUCAACCGGUCUCCUACCCUGGUGUAGUUCAACCGUCCCAAGCCGCGUUACCCCAUCCCGAAUCAAAUUCAGAUUUCAUGCCAUUUCCAGUUCCUAAUAACAAUUCAAUACCAACAACGAAUCAAGAAGAAAAAACAAAUGAAUCAAAAACAAUAGACCCACAGCCCGCGACUGUAGAAAAUCCUAAACCGCAGACUGAUUUUGAAGCUAACUUCAGUCCUGCUGUAAUUCCAGUAACAUCUUUACCUGAAGUAAAAACAGAUCCAAUAACCGAAUCAAAAAUGAGUAUAACUUCACUCGUUCAAGGUUCCGGCGCAACAGUAACGAUACCAACACAACACAAAGAUGGUAAAAAGAAAACAAACGAACGAUUCAGCUUAAAAACUAGCAUUCCAAUAAGCAAAAUCGAUAUGAAAUGUGUCACCAACCCUCCAGAUGCAUUUCAAGUAAACAUAAAAAAGCCAAUCAAUCCUACGUUUCCAGCAAAAAACGACAGCAAUUCUAAAGUUGAAAUUCAAAGUAAUAUUGUUAUAAAAACCGCACAAUCAGAUUUGAAAAAAGCAGAAGAUGUAAAAGCAAUUCCAUCACCGGCUUCCAAUAAUAUAAGUACUUUGAUAAACGCUGCAGAAAUGAUCAAUAAAACGGAGACACAGUUUCAACCAAAUGAUUCUAAUCAACUAAAUCUAACACCAGAAUCAAAAGAAUUGACAUAUCCAUCUCAAAUGCCAGCAACUCAAAUGCUAUUCAACCCUAAUGUGGAAACAAAACCUUGUUUUGUUACUAAGCAACCAGAAGGCAAUAUAAAUGAUCAGAAAAAUCAAAUAUUAUUCAUUCAAAACAAAAAUCCUUCCAAUUCAAAGAUGUUAGUUACUAUCCAACAACAAAAUCAGCAAGUUUUAGUUCAAAGAACCAGUUUCGAUUCAAAAAACCUGCAAGCUCCUUCACGACUGUCCGGCCAAGGAAAGAAAAGUAAAGAUGAAAUUCUCAAAGACAAUGUAUCGUCCUCAAAAGUGGUUGCAUUAAAAAGAAUGCAUCAAGAAAACUGUGACGAAAAUGAUUUUGAGAAUUUAAUCACAGAAAAUCAAAUCUACGGCAACAAGAUUGUCGUGAAGGAGAAGUGCCAAGGAACCUCACAAGAGCAAGACUUGAAAGGUAAAAAAGUAAUAGAAAAACCUCCCCAAUCGGACACAAAGAACGUUGUACUACAACCAAACUUUUUGUACUUAAGCAAUGUUCAAUUCCCGGCAAAUGUAAUGAUGAUUAAAAAUAAUAAAACUAACGAUAACAAAGUAGUUAAAGCAUCAACAAAUGAAAAUAAAUCUGCCGAAGUGUCUACUGAUUCUUCAGUAAAGAACAAACCUCAAAACGUGACCCUAAAUAAAGAGGUUCAUGUAGUCAAAUCUAACAAUGUUCUACAAACUCUAUCUACUAAAAACACAGAUGUAUUCCAAGCGCCUAACCAAAAAGUUAUUAUGAAUCCCCAAAUAGUUUACCAAGUCCCUAUGAUAGUUGAAAACGAUAAAAAGAUUACACAAACAUUUGUUAAUAAUGAUCAUACUAAGACAGUCACACAAGAUGAAUUCCAAAAGCCAUUUGACCAACCAAAACCAAAUGAUAAACUGUAUAUCGCCUGCCCUUAUCAAAUGGAUUCCAAACUACAACCUAAAAUUGUCAUCACGAACAUACGCACCAAAGUGUCAAAAGUGGAAGAGAUCAGUUCACUGGACGUUUAUGAAAAGAAGAAACGGCUACGUAGAAUGAAAUAUUUAUCAAACCGUGACGGUAAAGAUGUACAGAAAUUUGAAAAGAAAAUAUUGGAUAACCUCAAAAACAUUAUAACACCAGAGAAAAUGAAAGCUGAGAUACACAAAGAGUUUACAAAUACGAGAAUUAAAGUACUCGAUUAUAAUACAGAUGAUAGUGAUUAUGACGAAGACGAGUUGAAAGAAUACAAUUCAAUUAUUAACGAUAACGAAAGCCCAAAAGACGUACAUGAAAGUACAAAAAUAGAUUUUCUAGCUGGACUUAAUUUGGCAACACAAAUAGUUUACAAAGAAAAAGAAUUAGAAAGAAUGGAGAGAAUAUUAAAAAGAGAUUCGAUAGCUGCCGCCUACAUCGCUGCGGGGAGAUUGGAUAAGAUCUUCCAUGAUAACACGGAACCUUCAACAGCUAUGUUGAAUUCAUCUCCUACAGUAACAAUACGACGGGCUGAUGUCAAUGACAACGAACAAGUCAGACAUCGAAAACAAAUGUUUCUGUCACAGCUGAGUUUAAUGCAUGUUACACCUAAAUAUAAACAGAGUUAUGAAAGAGCAUGGCGUGCAAUAGUCAGAGAAAGAAAACGUCGUAACGGCUGUUUGGAAACGGAUCUAAUUUUAAAACAACCUAAAUUAUAUUCGGAACCAACAGACUUAGACCCGAAUGGCCAGUUACAAAUGUUAACAGAAAUUAAAAAUCACGUCAGCGAAAAUAACAACCUAAUAAAGAAAAGAUUAGAUUCCUCCAGUGAAGAUGGAGACAGUAUUCGAUUAUUGGCAGAAAAGAAUUUUUCAGAAUUAAAUCGUUUAUCAAAGAUGGCCGACAGAAGUGUUAAACAUUUCAGUGGCCAGGAUACAAGAAAACGAGAUUUAAACCCAGGCUUCGAUAGCGAAAACAUCCAAAAAGCCAUACAAGAACAACCAUUUCACAAUUAUCCUAAUUUAAAUAUACCAAAUAUCUCUAAUAUAAUAUCAUUAAAAAGUACACAGAAUGCUUCAAAUAUAACUUCAUCGCAAGCAACGUCGAUGGAUGAACCACAAAACUCCGCGGCUGGUGUCAGAGAAAUGUAUGACGGAAAUAUAGACAGAGUCCAAGACUUUAGUUGUCAAGUGGAUGAUAAAUCUUGGCCGGGAAUAGAGGCUAUUAUAAGUAAUUAUAGAGAUUUUGAAAACGAUCGUAAAAAAGAAAUAGAUUCCCUAUACAAGCGGAAUACAGCGCUGCGAGUUGAAGCGGCGCAUAUAACUCGUUCGGCGUCGCGUGACGCGGAACGCGCGCGAUCUCUGUUGGCGGAAAGACAUAACCUCGCAUCAGAAGAAACCCGCGUUUCUCGUACAUUGCACAGAUUAUACUCAAUCAUUGAACUUGUCAAAAACUGUUAACUUUUUUUGUUUAAAAAUUAUUUUCCACACUAAUUUAUUAAAUUGUUUACAAAAUUGAUCGUUACGUGUUUUAAAUUAUUCAUUAAUUUAACUGUUAUCUAAUAUUAUUUUAAAAUCAAAGUGGAAUUUAGCUGUAUCAUACCUCCAAUACAGUUUAAAGGCUUUAUUCUAAAAAUCACUUAACAUUUACUAAGUAAAAUGUACAAAAUCAAUCAAAUAGCAGAAAAAAGAAAUGUACUGUAUAAUAAUUAAUUAUUAAAUGAGAAUGAACAUUUGAAAAAUGUUUUCAGAAUAAAUUAAAGUCAAUUCAGUCUAGGUAACCUGUAUUUCUAGUCCAUUUAGGUCUAGUCAUGUAACUAUCGUUAGUAAAUAAAGUAGGACCAUCGUUACUUAACGAAAAUGUUUUCUACAUCAAUAUAAAUGUACAAUAACGAUGUACAUAAAUUAAUUUAAUAAAAUCAGAAUUAGAGAUUUCUAAUUUAUUAUUGUGUAUUGAACAUUUUAUAAACAGCUUUCCUUUAAGGAAUAAAUGUA